CAACAAGCUUAUUCUCAAAUAAUGCAUCAAGCUCUCUUUAUUGAUACGCAUUUUCGAGACCCGUAUGAAUGCUGUAUAGUAUGCGGAGUAAUGAUCUGCGGUUCACCGGAUCCAACAUUCGAGGAUUAUAAGGAGUGGAAACAAUUUGCAAACCCAACGUCGACUGUGACAGUACAAGCAAAGCAACUCGAGAGCAUAUAUUUUCACAGCGAACCUUGGUUGUGGAUGUGCCUUUAUAGAACAAUUCUCCACAAAUCGAAGAAUGACCACUUCGCAAUCUCAGGGAUUACUAUUAAUCAACUGAACCUCAAUGCAUGUACUGCCACGCCAGUCCCACGUGAUUCGGGGCUUGCUUACCUUGCCGGGCCAUGGCCGUGCCCAAGCUCUAACAGAGAUUUUGCUUAUUUUCACACAGCGAAUAUAUUAGGUCAGGACACAAACAAGGAAAAGGAUCAAGAAAUUGGGUAUACGGUUCACCCACACUGCUGGCUACUCGUUGACCGUGUCAUUGGGCAGAUAUUGGUAGAAGCCAAUCUCAAGAAUUUUGUAAAAGCAGUUUUGCAGUUCUGGAAGGAAAACAAUAAGUGGUGGUAUUUGACACCUUCUCCUAAGGAGUUCUGUUUCAAGCAUGAGGGAAGCGAAUGUCUCCAUGGCAAUCAUCCGUGGGAAAAGACGGCGCCGACAGGGCGAAAUCCAGUACUUAUAUCAGAUAUCAGGGAUCUCAUUCAAAAAGCUCGUGCACGGAAGGCCUCUUCCUGUCGAGAUAAGGAUCCCCCACAGCCGCACCGGCAGAAACGACAGCAGCAGUCAAUCUUAUCUCACAUUCCUCUCGAAAUAUCAAUCAUGAUAAUUGAGACAAUUGAUUAUGAUCAACAUAGCCAGGAUGCAGAAAAUAUCCUCACUGCGUUCGGAUGGCGGUUACCUGAUACGUACUGGCAGAGCCGUUGCCAUACAGAGUUGAUCUUUGAAUUUCAAGAUCUGAUCGAUAAUAGAACACCUGUUGAUUGGCAAUUUCUUGCUCUUCGAUCGCGAAAGUUACUAAAGGGUCUUUUAUCAUUGCAAAAUCGCGCUCGGAUCAUUGGAUUUCUUUAUAGGCUCAAGGACAUCUUCCUUACUCUGCUUGAACAGGACAAAGUGAGCGGGUCAAAUCCCUAGACUAGAAAUGAAAAACUUGUAGACUUGGCUUACUAUACGAACAAAUGGA